GCUUUAUAUAAAUACAUCUACGUCCUGAAAAUUACCGGCAGUCAUUGCGAGAAUUUUGUAAUGAAGGAAUUGUCGCCUAAGGAGGGCAAAUUUUAAGAGCGUUCACUUGAGCCGAGAAUGCCGGUGAAAGUUGACGUAGUACCACCACCGCCCGCAAAUUCAAAGCAGCCGGGUGUCACAAAAUCUUUGCUUUACAACGGUUCGCGAUUUCAAGGUUCUCAAAAGUCUAAAGGCAACAGUUAUGACGUAGAAGUAGUUUUGCAGCAUGUAGAUGAAGAAAAUAGCUAUUUAUGUGGCUAUUUAAAAAUUAAAGGUCUUACAGAGGAAUUUCCUACAUUGACUACAUUUUUUGAUGGUGAAAUAAUAUCAAAGAAAUAUCCCUUUUUAACUCGAAAAUGGGAUGCAGAUGAAGAUGUUGAUAGAAAACAUUGGAGCAAAUUUGAAUCAUUUCGUCAAUAUGCUAAGACAUUUAACUCUGAUACAUUUGAUUAUGAGGCUUUAAAAGGAACUGAUUUUGUUUUUAUGAGGUGGAAGGAACACUUUUUGGUUCCUGAUCAUACUAUUAAAGAUAUCAACGGUGCCUCAUUUGCAGGAUUUUAUUAUAUUUGUUUUCAAAAAUCUGCUGCUACAAUUGAAGGCUUUUAUUAUCAUCGUAGUUCUGAAUGGUAUCAAUCAUUGAAUUUAAAACACGUCCCAGAACAUAGCAUACAAAUCUACGAAUUCAGGUGAAAUCAAUGACUCACUCAGUUAUUUCUCCAAAUUCAUAUUUUGUCUCUUCUAGCAUACAGAUCUCA